AUGAAAAGACGCUUGGAAGAUGAAGACCACACGAAGUCUUCCGAGGUCAAUAACAAUGGCAUUAUAUGCAAUGAGCCUCCUUGCGAUCACGAAUACGUAAGCUUAGACCUUUUUCACGCACACGUCAAUCAGUAUCACGACAAUGUGUGUGACGCUUGUGGAAUGAACCUAGUAACUCAACGGAUUUUGGAUUUGCAUUUGGAAGAGUGUCAUAAUCCAUUUCUAGCUACUAUCGGUACGUAUAAUUGCUGGGAGCGUCAGUGCGAUGCUCAUUUCGAGUCUCACACAUUAAGAAUCGAGCAUCUUAAGAAAGUUCAUUUAUAUCCCGAUAAUUACGAUUUUAAUAUAGUGUACAUGGGCUACAAACCCUAA